CUCCGCCGCGGAGCGUCCAGAUCAAUGAGGUUCCGCCGCGGCUCCGCGAGCGUCGCUUCCCGGAAGGUGUUAACCAUCGCGCUGCCGCAAUGUAGCGCCUGUUUGCGCGUUUACUUUACAACAACGCGGACAAGUUGAAGUGUUGCGCGCGGGGCGAGGCCAAUGGAUGCGCGAGCGAGUUAAAAUCGCCUGCGCGUCGCGAGGGGAACAUUAUCCAGGCGGACGCGCCGCUCAUUUCGCGGAAGAAUAAAAGGAGAGGAAAGUGGAAACACAAGAACUUCCUGAAUUUCAACGAGACAUGUCCGAUUCCCCCUCGCAGCAGCUCAUUAUUAAGCAGGAGAGGAGCGCGUUCAGCCCGUCCGCCAGUCCACUGCCAAACUCCACUUCCUCUCCCGGCCAUGUGCCGCUCGCACCCAACACUGCCAGAACAGAAGAGGAGACCAGCAGACUGCCUGCACACCUGCGCAUGCAGCCGGUGUUCUGGAGCCGUGAGGAUGUGUGUGUGUGGCUGCGCUGGGCGGAGAGAGAGUUUGCGCUGCGGCCGAUAUCCAGUGGAAGCUUCCAGAUGAACGGCAAAGCCCUGCUGCUGCUCACCAAAGAGGACUUCAGAUACCGCUCGCCACACUCAGGUGAUGUGUUGUACGAGCUCCUGCAGCACAUUCUCAAGCAGAGGAAACCACACGCGUAUUUUCCCAUCAGCCCCUUCCACACGCUGAACGACACGCCGCCACAGCAGCAGCACAAACACGAAGAAACGGUACGGCGGCCGGUGCGCGGUACAGACUCCAGCGUGUCUCUGCAGCCGCCCACAAUAGAGCUGCGCCACCGCUCGCGCUCGCCUCUCCAUCAUCAUCAUCACCUUCAUCAUCUCCAUCACCGGCCCACAUCUGCCGAGGACCUGCAGCAUGUGUCUGCGCCGUUGCCUGACAGCAACCACCACCUGCCGGAGGACUCGUACCCGCUGUCUGUGUCUCCCGCUGCUGCCGCUAAUGGGCACUGCCCUGCCCGGGAUGCCCCGCCACCUGCCAGCCCUGGCCUAGAGGAGAGCGCCCCGCCGCGGGUCAUCCAGCUGCUCCCCAGCGCCAUCAUGCACCCGCUGCUGCUGAGCCCGGCCCGUGGCCCGCCGGCACCUCCACAGAACGGGCGCGAGAGUAAAGUGCAGCAUCAGCAUAGCGGCGGCGGAGGACACUACAGCCUCAGCGCACAGCUCCCCCUGCUGGACGACAGACACUACCGCAACCACAUCAGCCUGCAGGACGAGCAGACCACGCCAAUAGGACGCAUCGCAGACUGCAGGCUGCUGUGGGAUUAUGUCUAUCAGCUGCUGUCCGACAGCCGAUAUGAGAACUACAUCCGCUGGGAGGACCGAGACACCAAAGUCUUCCGCAUCAUGGACCCCAACGGCCUGGCCCGCCUCUGGGGGAACCACAAGAACAGGACCAAUAUGACGUAUGAGAAGAUGUCACGGGCGCUCAGACACUACUAUAAACUCAACAUCAUCCGCAAGGAGCCCGGACAGAGACUGCUCUUCAGGUUCAUGAAGACGCCGGAUGAGAUCAUGAGCGGUCAGACGGAGCGUCUGGAGCAUCUGGAGUCAGACACAGACGAUCAGAUCUACGUGAAGGAGGAGUGUUGAUGACCUCAGGCUGACCUCUGACCUCUGAACUCUCUGCACUGCUCUCAGUUUUAUAGUCUUAUAUUUCAACUUGACAAUCAUUUUACUGACGAGCGGCGCUCUCUUUUCCAAACAAAUCACUUCUAGAAAUUGUUGGUGCAGCUUUUCUCUCUGUCUUCGGUGAGUGUACUGUAGGAGGAGCUGUUGUGCGGGUGGUGUAAGCGUGGGGUUGCUGGAAUGCUGGUGAAAAUGUGAUUCAGAUCUACAAUAAAUUUACUGAGUGACACGG